AUGGGUCGCGUGAAAUAUACUGCUCGUAGAAAAAAGAAAUCCACUAAUCCCCCUUCUAACCAACCAGCAGCCGACAUUGAGGGUCCUUCAAAUGAUCCACAACCUAUAAACACUUCACCACCAGAAAUCCAACCCCAUGCCCGGCCUCACGACGACCUUCGACCAGAAGUGGACUGGUCCAUGGUAUCGACCAGAGCCCACUCCAAAGAUGGAGAUAAGGGCCGCUGCCCUGGCCAGCAUGACGAAAAUCAAGAAGAGCAUCAAGGAGAUGUCAUGCCUUCCGGAGAAGCCUUUGACUUGUACAGCAACAUCAAUGUCGAAGCUCCUGCGAGAAGGAAGAGAGGAAGCAGGCGACACCCUGGGGAAAGCAGUAGUGACCCCUCCAAGAAAAGGACUCAGACUGAGGAUCCUUCUGCACCACCACCUUCCAAGGACAUGACCCCUCCUCCAGCUCCCCUUGACCCGACUCCUGCAGCUCCCCUCGACCCGACUCCUCCAGCUCCUCACAACCCAAGUCCUCCUGAUUAG